CGCCGGGCAUCUCGGGGCAGGACGGCCCGCCCCCGCAGAGGCCCCGCCCCCGAGGGAGCCCCGCCCCUGGCCACGUGACCACCACGUCAGCUGACCGGGCCCGACCGGAAAGGAAGGGCUGGACCCGGGCGUCCCGGCGCAAUGAGGUUCCGGUUUUGUGGUGAUCUGGACUGUCCUGACUGGGUCCUGGCGGAGAUCAGCACACUGGCCAAGAUUUCUUCCGUGAAGCUGAGGCUGCUGUGUAGCCAGGUGCUGAAGGAGCUUUUGGGACAGGGGAUUGACUAUGAGAAGAUCCUGAAGCUCACUGCUGAUGCCAGGUUUGAGGCAGGUGAUGUGAAGGCCACGGUGGCAGUGCUGAGCUUCAUCCUCUCCAGUGCGGCCAAGCAUAGCGUGGAUGGCGAGUCCUUGUCCAGUGAACUGCAGCAGCUGGGGCUGCCCAAAGAGCACGCGGCCAGCCUGUGUCGCUGUUACGAGGAGAAGCAAAGCCCCCUGCAAGAGCACCUGCGGGCCUGCAGCCUUCGAGUGAACAGGCUGGCAGGCGUGGGCUGGCGGGUGGACUACACGCUGAGCUCUAGCCUGCUGCGGUCCGUGGAGGAGCCCAUGGUGCACCUGCGGCUGGAGGUGGCAGCUGCCUCGGGUGCCCCGGUCCAGCCUGUGGCCAUGUCCCUCUCAACAGACAAGUUCCAGGUCCUCCUGGCAGAACUGAAGCAGGCCCAGACCCUGAUGAGCUCGCUGGGCUGAGGAGGAGAGUGUCUGCGUCCGCCCAGAGCUGCCCUACCUGUGGCGGGUGGCUGCCCUCUGAACCUCCCUUUAGGAGGUGGCCCCAGCUCCGGGGUCUCUGGCUUCCUGGGUCAUCGCCUGAGUGUUCAGUGUAGGGAUCCUGAGACCUCUGCCAGCAUUGCCUUCUCUCCCCCGUGAAGGGCACUUGUCAGUGGUUUUCAUGAGCAGGAAGAAUAAACAGACGUGCAAGAAGUGUGAA